AUGGUGGAUUCUGUUUUCUUCAGGAAAGGACCAAGCAAUCUUAGUCCCCAACACUUCUUGAACCGCACCGUUAGCAUCGUUGAAAUUACAUCGGCGAACCAGCAAGUCUUGGCUCCGGACGCACCACGCACCCUUCAGCUGACACAAAUCCCCGGUGCUACGCUUGAGGUAUACGUCAAAAAGUUCGACGUAUGUGACGGAGACAAGGUUGAUUGCCGCGAGGUCGAUCAGAAUGGCAAGGACUGCGUAUACGAGAUGCCACCAUAUUGUCUCGCCCAGGUCCCUGACGUACGUACGAACAUCAAAACAUAUAUCCACCGGGAGAGAGAUAGAUACCUCAAUCUACUUCUGGCUGAAAGUAGUUCUUCUCAACCAAUGGAGGGAACGGAGAGCAUAACCCAGCUGACGGUGAAGGUCGCUCUGGCCUACGCGGAAAAACGUCCAGAAUCUGUUGUGAGUAUGGCACUGGACAUGUGGGCAUACUGUCGCGUCAUCGAGCGAGAGUGGACGAUAUGUGGUGAAGAUACGCUCGGCCUUUCAAAAGUCAAAGACCCAUCCAGCCCCUGGCAUAAGUUCAUUCCAAUCACUCCUAUUAUGGAUGUGCAGCUCGAUCAGAUCGUCAUAAAAGACAUUCUUGACCCUCUGAGGCAGAAACUUAUCCUUUCCCUCGAGGAUUUGAUCAAACAGCAUGUUCCAAAAAACUGGUUUGACUGCUACCUAACCAUGUACAUCCUCCUCAAUCACAUUGAGUGGUCCUGUACGCAUGGAAACAAAUUCUCUAAGCGUUAUGGAAUGAAUCGCCGUUAUUCCGACAUGAGACUCGCUGAGGCGUGGUUUCACACAAGCAAGAUACUGCUGUCUCGCUUUCACUUCUGGUCCAACGGGUCUGAUCCUUUCAAAGUAAACUGGAAAAAGCCAGAAGAGGUCAAGUUUGCACAACUGGACAAGCAUCAAAUACGCUUCAUGCAACAACUUCAAAAAAUCGUAAAGGAGAAAGAGUUGCACUUCAAAGAGCUAAGGGAUAGACACUACUACGAGAAAGAUCUUUACUGGACUCACCAACUGUUCAGUCCCGAAUGGCACCCUGGUCUCCCGCAUAUCGUGGAGGAAACACCGGCAUAG